AGUUAUGGACUCUGGUGAUCUGCGGUAUUUUUUCACCGGAGAAAUGUUUUCCAAUUAAUUAAUGAGAUUGUUAAUUACAAUACAAGUGCAGCGCGUAUGAAUAUUAGGGUUUGACAAAUAUCUGUAAAGCAAGUUUUCGCCAGUAGAGCCAGAAAAAGUAUGGCGACGUGGGAAGGUGAAAAAUUUCAAGACAUCGAAAAUGCCGACGAUAUUGAGGGAAAUUUUGAUAACAUUCUGGUGACACAUGAUCUCCAGGAUUGCCUGGAUGAUAGCUUAGACUUAACAAAUUUUGGGAAGGUUUACGAACCAAGUAUUGUGUUUGACUAUGAAAAGUAUUCAGAUGACGAUACUCCUAUCAACGAAAGACUAUCUAAUAACAACACUACGGAGUCAGUACAUCGUACAAUUAGCCCUCAUGAAAUUUAUACACACAUUCAUUCUGAUCAAGAUGAUGUAUUACAAAUUGAAUCUUCGCAUAAAGCUAUUAAAAUUGAAAAUACAGUUCUAGAUACAAGUCAGAAGCAUAUUGGUCGUUAUACUUGUGAAUAUGAAGGCUGCAAUAGAACAUACAGUACAGUUGGAAAUUUACGUACUCAUAUGAAAACUCACAAAGGCGAGUAUCGAUUUAAAUGUGCAGAACCAAGUUGUGGCAAGGCCUUCCUCACGUCGUACAGCCUAAAGAUUCAUAUUAGGGUACACACAAAAGUAAAACCGUUUGAAUGCAAUCACAAAGGUUGUCAAAAAGCAUUCAAUACCCUUUACAGACUGAGAGCUCACCAAAGACUUCAUAGUGGCAACACAUUUAAUUGCGAAGAGACUGGAUGCGUUAAAUUCUUCACUACUCUAAGUGAUCUCAAGAAACAUAUACGUACUCAUACUCAAGAAAGACCUUACAAAUGUAGAGAAAAAGGAUGCGGUAAAGCUUUUACAGCGUCACAUCAUUUAAAAACACAUAAAAGAACGCAUACAGGAGAACGACCUUAUGUAUGUACUUUUGAAAACUGCAAACGGUCUUUCACUACUCCUCAUAGUUUAAAAAGUCACUUGAAAACUCAUAAGAGAGCAACUAAUAAUGAUGAAACGAAACAUGAAGGCAACUAUGAUGAAAGCGGAAACCAAAGAAACAGCGAUAUAUUAAAGUCAAAAAUCGAUGUUGAUGAAAUAACUUCUAGAAAUGUGCCAUCUUAUGCUAUUAUACCAUUAUCUUCUAGUAGUAUACAAAAUAAAGAAAGCAUAACUUAUUUACCCACCAAAAAUGCAAAUAAUCAGUUGACGUCUACAAGUGAUGUGAUAAAUAUUUUACAUCAGAAUACAUCAAACAAAGAGCUUGAUUACAACAUCAUUAAUAAAAAUAGAGAAAAUUCUAAUAAGUCUACAAAAGUUGCUCUUAUUGCGUCAGGAAAUAUUAUUUUAGAUAAUUUUACUGAGAAUACGAUUGAUAAUUUUAAUAACAAUGAAAAUUAUGAUAAAUUUAAAAUAUUCGACGAGGUUAAUGAUUCAGAUUUGCAGCAGAACCAAAAUCAAGAAUACGCUUCGAACUGUUCAACAAAAAGUCAAGAUAAUAAACUAAACAAUGUAAUAAAAUCGAACUCGAUAAGUUUGGAACAAAAAAUUAUACAAGAUGGCUUACAAAAUGCAAUUGCUCAUAUUUCAGAAGGAACAGAUUUUACAAGCGAUGUACAGCAGUACAGAAAUCGUUCGAUUACUACUCAGAAAGCGUAUAAUACUAAUGGAGUAAAUCUAAACUCGGCUGUGGAAAGUAGUAACGCGACUUCGUUUAAUGCCAAUUCUAUUACUAGUCAUGUAUCGGAUAUAAUUAGUUCCUCUAGCGAGACUCAACUUUUCGAUAGUGAGAUAGAAAAUUUACCAUUUAUCAGUAAUACAUUACGAACCGGGUCUCUUAAUGAAGUUGAGCAUUCAUUGAAUUCAAAUGUUGCAACAACACAAUCAGAAGCAAUUGAAUUAGCUAUAGCAUCCGAGGAGGAAAUACCAUCUCCUUGGGUAAACGUUAUGGCAUUGGCAACUCCAUCUUCUUUAAGGAGACAGUCCUGGUCAGAAUUGAAUGCUUUUCCAACAGCGGUUCAUUCGUUAGUCGAUUUAGUUGAACCAGAACCUUAUCCUUUGCAAAUAGAAAAUCAGUUGCAAUCGUUACAACAAUUAGAUAACGUUAAUCUAGUAGAUGUUGAAAACAUUACUGCGCGUACUGAAGUGACACAUUGCCAGGAGGGUGUUGGUGAUAAACAAAAAGAAGAUAGUACAAAGCAGAAAAAAUGUAGAAAUGUUUUACAAAAGAUUACUGCUGACGCAGACAUAUGCAAAUGUGACGAUUGUAAAUGCAAUGAUUUGCAAAACUGCCAAAAUUGCUCAAAUAAUACAACUACAGAUGUUGAUACAAGGAACGUGUCAUUAAAAAUGGUAGAUGAUUUUGUAAAUUGUUUACCAGGAGAAUGCUUUUGUGAAAGUCAGUUGUGGCAAGAGCCCGAUGGUUGUGGAUCUUGCUGUGUUGUUAUUUGUUUGAAAACGUUACAACGAUUGCAAAGAAUGUUUACCCGUAAUUGUUGCAAAAGUACUAACGACACAUCGUGUUGCAAAGAGAAAUUAUUACCUUCACUAAUGAAAUGCCAGUUAACGAAAAACCAAUGAAACUGAUUUUUUAUUGUGUGUCUAGUCAUAUUGAGGAAAGCAUAUUUUUGCACAAUCGUCUAUUAAGAAUUUGUUAUUUAUCGUGCCGCGUAGAUUAACUUGCUUAGCUUUAAAUGCGAUUUUUCAUAUAAAUAUUAAUUUAAAAAUAACAUUACCUUAGAUAGGUGAAAAGUAUGAAGCAAUGUGUACAUAGCUGUACUAUAUUUCAAGACUUGAUUAUACAAAGGCAAUAUGUUACGAUGUAUUUUAAUGUGUGCCAAUGUAUUUGUAGUUUUUUUUUUACUUAAAAACUUUUAAAUACACAACAUUGUUAUCGCAUAGUUUGUAGAAGAAAGAGGAUAUAUUGUUUUCACAUAUCAAAGAAUAGUAAGGCAUCUUUGUAAGAAAAAAUAUUUAUGAUAUAUCAAUAUUCAAAGUAUCAGACCUCCGUAUCGGAAAGUCGACCUUAAGAAUCAAAAUAUAUUUUAUAGAAGUUAUUUUACAUUUGAUACCUAUAUGUUAAAUUGUUGAGUAUAUCUUUUAAUGUACAAAUAUUAUAUGUAUCUUUUUAUUUACACAUAACGAUGGUUAUAAGAGUAUUUGAAAUCAUGAAGUUUUAUAUGUCAAUGAUGUUUACCGAUGUUAUGUUAAAUUUAUAUAAACAACCACCGAUUAUGUGUGUAUAAUGUAUUAAGUAUAUUAGUAAUGAAAAAUGAAUAUUUAUUGUUUAGUAGUUGUUUUCGAAUGUAUAACAUUUAGAAAGGAAAUGCAACAUGCUAAAUAAGAACGUAUUUUAAAUUAAAUUACAAUGUUGUAUUAUACAUAUUCGGACAUUUGAAUUGUUUAAAAAAUUGAGACGAGGCAGUGAAAUGAUACAAUAGUUUUACAUUUUUACUAUCAAAGUUGUGGCUGUUAUAAGUACUUGUUAAAAAGCAAUACAAUCAAUGUACCUAAAUAGAUUUUAGAUAAAA